UAAAGCUGCAAAAAGGCUAAGUGUAGGGAGGGGAUAUGGAGGCAUGGAGACCCUUGAUGCUGUCAAUUACAGUUUUUAUGGUUAUUAUGCAGAGGGGGGAGGGACAGUUAUCAGAAAAUUUCUACAGCUCUACUUGCCCCAAUGUGGAAUCCAUUGUGAAACAGGUGGUGGACACUAAGGUUAAUCAGACUUUCGUCACGGUUCCGGCAACCCUGCGUCUGUUCUUCCAUGACUGCUUUGUUCAGGGAUGUGAUGCAUCAAUCCUGAUUUCGUCGCCAAAUGGGGAUGCAGAGAAGGAUGCUCCGGACAAUUUGUCCCUUGCAGGGGACGGAUUCGACACCGUAAUUAAGGCAAAGGCGGCAGUUGAACAGGCCUGCCCUGGAGUUGUGUCCUGUGCAGAUAUUCUGGCUAUUGCUGCCAGGGAUGUUGUUGUCAAGGCUCGAGGUCCUUCUUUCGAUGUAGAAUUGGGACGUCUUGAUGGUCUCGUAUCAAAGGCAUCAUCCGUGGCCGGAAAACUACCGGAGCCUGAUUUCGAUCUGGAUCAACUUAAUGCUCUGUUUGCCAAGAACAACCUUACCCAAACUGACAUGAUUGCACUCUCCGGAGCACAUACAGUCGGUUUUUCUCACUGCGACCGAUUCGCAAACAGGAUAUACUCAUUUUCAAAGUCCUCUCAAGUGGAUCCUACUCUGAAUUCGUCCUAUGCCGUCCAGUUGAUGCAGGCUUGUCCUCGAAAUGUAGACCCCUCGAUUGCCAUUGACAUGGAUCCUGUAACUCCACAAGAAUUUGACAAUAUGUACUACAAGAAUCUGGUCAACGGGAAGGGGUUGUUCACUUCCGAUGAAGUGCUGUUCACUGACCCUGCAUCUCGGUCUACCGUGAAUGAUUUUGCUAAUAAUCCUACUGACUUCAAUGGAGCCUUUGGCGCAGCAAUGAGGAAGCUAGGGAGGACGAAAGUCAAGACUGGGAAGCAGGGGGAGAUAAGGAGGGACUGUACGGCAUUCAAUAAUUCUUGAAAAAGGAAGAUCUUUGCAUUGAGCACUGCAAGUUGAAAUAAGGAGCAUUUGAUUCCAAAAACGAUGCUCAUCAUUCAUUUCUGAUUUCAUAGGAGGAUUUGCCAUGUAAAUGUGAAAAACAAGAAAAAUAUAAUGAUAAUUGUUACUUCACAUUUAUUCAUUACUGAUUUCUGUUUUCUGAUUUCAUAGUUUGGCCAUUUGGUUAAAAUAAAUGGCUUCUAAAACU